UCCCCUCGGACGUCCGGCAACGCGGUGCAGGCGGGCGGCGUGCAGGAAGAGGAGCACAGCGGCGAGGCCAUGCACGCCGUGGCCACACCGGCGCCCAACGCGUCCUGGGGGGCGUUCGUCAACGCGUCGGGCUGCCCAGGCUGCGGCGCCAACCGCUCGGCCGGCCCGGGCCCCGCGCCGCUGCUCCUGGACGCCUGGCUGGUGCCCCUGUUCUUCGCUACGCUGAUGUUGCUCGGGCUGGCCGGGAAUUCACUGGUCAUCUUUGUCAUCUGCCGCCACAAGCAGAUGCGGACGGUGAGCAACUUCUACAUCGCCAACCUGGCGGCCACCGACGUGAUCUUCCUGGUGUGCUGCGUCCCCUUCACGGCCCUCCUGUACCCGCUGCCCACCUGGGUGCUGGGCGACUUCAUGUGCAAAUUCGUCAACUACAUCCAGCAGGUCUCUGUGCAGGCCACGUGCGCCACCCUGACGGCCAUGAGCGUGGACCGCUGGUAUGUGACCGUGUUCCCGCUGCGCGCCCUGCACCGCCGCACGCUGCGCCUGGCGCUGGCCAUCAGCCUGGGCAUCUGGGUGGGCGGCAUCUUCAUCCUGGCCCGUGGCUUAGGCUCGGCGGCCCUGUCUGCCCCGGUGCUCGCCCUGCACCGCCUCUCCCCGGGGCCGCGGACCUACUGCAGCGAGGCCUUCCCCAGCCACGCCCUGGAGCGCGCCUUCGCGGUCUACAACCUGCUCGCGCUCUACCUGCUACCGCUCGCUGCCACCUGCGCCUGCUACGGGGCCAUGCUCCGCCACCUCGGCCGCGCCGCCGUGCGCCCUGCGCCCACCGACGGCACCUUCCAGGAGCGGCUGCUGGCCCAGCGUGCGGGUGCCGUGCGUGCCAAGGUGUCCCGGCUGGUGGCAGCCGUGGUCCUGCUCUUCGCCACCUGCUGGGGACCCAUCCAGCUGUUCCUGGUGCUGCAGGCCCUGGGCCCGGCCGGCGCGUGGCACCCGCGCAGUUACGCAGCAUAUGCGCUCAAGACCUGGGCGCACUGCAUGUCCUACAGCAACUCGGCGCUGAACCCGCUGCUCUAUGCCUUCCUGAGCUCCCGCUUUCGCCAGGCCUUCCGCCGCGUGUGCGCGUGCGCCCCAGGACGCCAGCGUCGGCCCCGUGGGCCUGCGCCCUCCGACCCCGGCGCCCCCAACGCGGAGCUGCGCCGCCUGUGCGCCCACCCGGCCCUACCAAGUCUUUGAGGCCCGGGAGCGGCGCCAGGCCCGCGCGGGUUGUGCGUCCUAGGGAAGCUCGCUGCUCCUCUCCAAGCAGGCUCUGGGAAGCCUCCUGUGCCCCUGAG